AACUAGAUUAAUUAUUAAUCACGUGCCUUAUGAUCUUCCCAUAUUUCUUUAUUAUUUGGAAACUGUCCAUAGCAAAUUUAUCAGUCCCAUUAUUCUGUCCAAUCACCUUUUACAAUUGUUGACAUGAAUGCCUAAUGUAACGCUAAGAGGGAACGGCAUAGUGGUGUGGAUGGUGUUGCAAAGAUGUCUAUUUGGGUGGGCAGUGGCGGCGGCGGGAAUGAGAUCCGCGGUCCACCACCAGCCACUGUCCUUUCUACUAACACUUCUAUGGAGUCUGGUAUCGAAGCUGGAGUUCUGCCAACCGUCACGGGCUCGCUGGCGUCGGCGAGAGACUCCUUGGGAUCCCUGUCCAGGGCUGCUGAACACUUGUACGACACUGACCAUACCGAUCUUGGAAGCGAGCUUGAUGAAGCUGAAAUACGACGGGAGUUGAUGCAUGAUAAAUGGCGUCUUCUUUUUGAUAAGUUCGAUCCUGAGGGUUUUGGGGAGAUUCCUUGGCCAGAUUUCCUGCAAACACUUCAGCAUCCCGAUUUUAUAGCACAAGUGCCUCAUCACAAGCGUGAGAUACUUCUAGAUAAAGCCCGAAGUUCCAGCAGCCCCGCAAUAACAUUUCAAGAGUUUGUUAAUGUGUAUAAAGAGACAACGAGGGACAGUGUUGGAUCGUGGGCGUCCAUGAUGCGGCAUUCUUAUGCUAAUCCGGGCGAACCACAUUCGAAUGGGGUGGGCCAAAUUGUUAUUUAUAUUGUCACCUCCAGGCUUUUUUUGUUCACUAUACUUCUGGACUAA